AUGGACUGUGCGAAUCGGGCUCCAGUUUUUGUGCUGGCGGCUGGUUGGUUUUUUUUGACAACAAUGGCGCGCCGCUCCUUUGCCGUGCCCGUGGCCGCCGCGCUGGCCGUCGUUGGCGUGGGCAGCUGCUUCCUGACCGGCCUUCCUCAUGGAUCCCAGCCGCCUCGGGCCGCACCCCCUUCGGCCGAGCGCGAGAUGCCGCAGCCGAACAUGGAGGGCAACUCCUGGACCGCUCCUUUGCUGAGCUUCGGCGCUGCCCUGGGCUUGAUCUUCGGCCUCGUGGCAGCGCAGCCCGCCCGGGCCAUCACGGCGGAACAGUUCAGCCAGCUCACCUACGCGCAGGUGAAGGGCUCCGGCUUGGCCAACCGCUGCCCCACCGUGGAGUCCAACGGCUCAGAGGUCCCUGUGAAGGGCGGCUCUCGGCUCGUGAACGUGUGCUUCGAGCCCAAGUCCUUCGCCGUGGAGUUCGAGACCGACAAGGGCAAGGAGUUCUCCACCACCAAGCUGAUGACCCGUGAGACCUAUACCCUGGCCUUCAUCGAGGGCAGCCUGGAUGCCAACCCCAUCACCUUCAAGGAGCAGGAUGGUAUGGACUUCGCAGCCACUACCGUGAAGCUGCCGGACGGCGAGUACGUGCCUUUCCUGUUCACCGUCAAGGAGCUUGUGGCCAAGGGUGAGGGCAGCUCCUUCAAGCCAGGCUUCACCUGGGGUGGCGAGUUCAGCGUGCCCUCCUACCGAACGGGUGGCUUCCUUGACCCUAAGGGCCGAGGUAUGUACCUGGGUUACGAUCAGGCCGUCGCCCUGCCGGCCAUGCAGUCUGAUGGCCAGAGUGGCCAGGAGGAGCUCUUCAAGGAGACCAACAAGGUGUUCGACAUCGGCAAGGGCGUCAUCGAGAUGGAGGUCAGCAAGGUGAACCAGGAGCUGGGCGAGAUCGGCGGCGUCUUCGUGUCCAAGCAGCCCUCCGACACCGACAUGGGCGCCAAAGCCCCGAGGACCGUGCUGCUGAAGGGCAUCUUCUAUGGCAAGGUGGUGAAUGCCUAG